UCAUGGUUAGUCAUCUCUGUGAGCUGCCACAAGCACACGGAAAUGAGGAAGAAAAUAUCUAAUCUGCAGAAUAUAUGUAUGCCCUUUUCAAUCUACACCUCCCCAGAGAACAGAGCAUAUGUAUUUAUGACACAAAUUAGUGCUGAUGUAGAUUAUUGUUAAUCAGCAGUUGAAUUCAGCAUGGAAGAAACUUCAAACUUCAAACGCCGUCGUCAAACCCUAGCCAAAGCUCAAUCACUUAACGUUCCAACUACCACCACUGCCUCGACUAACGACCGCCGGCGCCGGCACGGCGGUAAUAGCUCUGCCGUUGAAGCGUACAACACCGAAGACGAGAACGGAGACGUCAGUAUGGAGGAAGACAACUCCGAGAUGUGGAACGACUUCUCCAACAGAUUCCGGCAAGUGCAAUCGGUGCUGGAUCGGAACAGAUUGUUGAUUCAGCAGGUCAACGAGAAUCAUCAGGCGAGAACGCAUAACAAUAUGGUGCAGAACGUGGGCCUGAUUCAGGAGCUUAAUGGCAACAUUUCCAAGGUCGUUUCUCUUUAUUCUGAUCUAUCCACCAAUUUUUCCACCGUGUUUCAUCAGGGAAACGAUGCCAUUGGAGAUGAGAACAACAACGACCAGAGACACCUAUGAAGCUUCUCUAUAUUUUCUAUUUUUAACUUCCUUUUACUCCUAGUUUCUAGCUAGUUUGCUUAUUGGAUUGAAAACUUUUGGUCGAAAUAUCACGAAUAACGCUCUCAAAGUAUUCUGUGUCUGCCGAGCUGCGCAUUGUUUCACUACCUGAUGAAAAAAAGAGAACUUAGUCAAUUAUGUUCUACACUUGUUUGUAUUAAACAUUAGUAAGUCUUAUUAAGGUUUGAGCA